GCAGUGGUGAGUAGUUUGAAGUUCAACUGUGCAAAGUUCAUUCGAAAAGCCAAAAAGAAAGAUACAAGAAAUGAAGGUUUCCUUCCUUCUUAUCUGCGUCACUCUGACGUACUUUCUUUCCGCUGUGGAUUCCCGCGAACUAGUCGACGCAUCUGACGCAGCUGAUCCCAAUGAUCCAGUGUCUCAACUCAAAGCAGCUAUUGAUAACCUAACAGCAAACCUCGCUAAAGGUGCAGAAUCUACAAAGAAAAUCGUCGGCGCCUUGGCCCGUCAGACGAUGCUACAACAACUAUUUGUAGAGGAAAGAAUAAGAUCUGAGGGAUACUCUGGUGUCAAGCAAAUCAGGCUCUCUCGAGAAGGAACUCGUAACUACUAUGGCCAAUCUCAUACCAGUUCAGGCAGCGUCCUUGCCAUCCAUGACCAUUCUAACAAUGACCGCACUGUUGGGAUGGGAGAGUUCGUUGGAGUUCUCAACGGAGUGGAGUUCCGUACAAGACACAAUGACUAUCGCUUGUACAUGCCUCACAGAACCAGCAAGAAAUUACAUGCAACUGAGAACAUUCCCUUCCCAGACGUUCCACCAGAGGUUACAAGCAAGAGCAAUGUCAAUGAACAGAUUGAAGAAAUGCGAGAAUGGUUCAAGGCAUGGAAAAAUCAAAACCACACCGUAAGAGACUAUCGCAAGUACUUCAAGCCUGUGUUGUGUUAUCUCGAAGGAGCUUGGACCAAAGCAGAAAGUAAGAUCAAUGAACCAUUCGAAAGUGACAGGCAUUUUAUAGACGCAUCCAGCUGGUUUGACCUGCAAGAGAAAGUUCGAUUCACGUCUUAUACCGGAAGAAAAGAUAGUUUGGAGAACUUCUCGUUCCUUCCCACAACAAUUAUGAAUGUGACCGAAGAUGGUGUUCCUCAAUUUGCCCAGUGGAACUAUCGCAUCCUUUGCCAUCCAAUCAGCAGAGAUCUACCCCUGAACCGAUUACGAGUGGUCGAUGAAGUUGGAUCUCGAUUGUCUGCAAAAAGAACCUAUGRUGAGCACUCAAAGUCAAGGAGCGCACGUUUUCAGGUCAAUCCCUUUGAUGAGGACACUUGGAGCGAAAGAGAAAAUAGAAAGCAUUUCGGUUUGCUCGAUGAACUGAUGGGUGAGAUUCCAGGAAAAGACAACUACCAAGGGAAUCUCACCGACGAAGCUUUUGAUCUGGCAGCAUUAUYUCUUGCACCUGGAAAACAAGGCGUCAAGUUGAGAGCUGAUCGAUAUCAUCGCUGGUUCAAAGCUGCAAAAAGAGACGCUAUGGGAGCAUCCACAAGACAUCGAGGUUACUCCGACGAAAACCUCUUUAUGGCCAUGACUACACAGCCAAGAAUCCCUGGGAUGGACCUCACCAGAUGCAGGUGGAGAAAAUGCACAACGCUGCACCAAAAAUGGUCCUACGCUAUUCCACUUGAAAUCAUCUAUCUAACACCCCUGAGCAAGUGGAAUCCCUAUGAUAUCGAGUACAAAGGAGACGCAAGAUCAGAAAAAGGAAAAACUGUUGUAGCUGGAGGUAGAAAUGGUGCUAAGACGCUGAAAGGAGCAUAUAAUGGAACGAACAGCAGAACAUUCUACCAGACACCGGUCGCGUUCUUCUCGGGUAACGAGGUUGGUUCAGGCGCAGCUGAUACCACGAGAAAUUCUGCUGGAGUCUUGGACAAGAAAGGUAAUUUACGUUUCUGCAAAGCAAGUGGAACAAGGAUUCUUUUUCCCUUGAUAAAUGGAAUCGGCAGCAUACGUCAACGCUACCCAAUCAUGCCCGUGCACGGACAAGGAAGUGCUGUGUGGAAGGAACUGGAAGCCAUGAAGGACGUUGUCCUUAAAUCCCAAUCAAACGGGUACAUCUUAAGACAACCAUUGACUGCAGGCGGCCCAAUACCUACUGAGCCACCGAGAAAAGACAUCAAAUUACAGGUGCAGACUGCCCGUAAGAAAACCAUUGGCCCUCAUGAACAUGAGAUUGCUCUUACUGCUGAUCAGGUUGACUUCAUAAAAGACGGUGGAACCCAGAAGAUCACAUCAUCGACAGCAGCAGGUCACGAUCACACGUUGUUUGUGAAGGCGUAUAAAGACAGGAAUACUAAGAAAUGGGUAUUCUAUAUCCUUCGGUGUGAUGAUGGGAGCCUUGAUAAAGGAUGGUUGAAAUGCUGGGAUCAGCACCCAAACCGUCUUUCUCAAAUACCAGAUCAGUAAAAUGAUUAGCGGGAUACCCAAGUGCCAAUUAAGGCGAAGUCUCUAAUUCCUUUUUCAGGGUACACCCUAGAGUUAGCCCUAGGGGUACAGCCACUCUACCUUCAUGUAAAUGGCCGAUGUCAGGUGGGGUGACCGUUAGUGCUAGGGACAAGACUUGAUUGCCACAAUUAAUUGUCUCUUUAUAUAAAAAGUCUCUUUAUAUACUGGAUAAUGUAAUAUCAGAAUUUAAAAUGUUUUAAAGCCAAUAACGACGUAUUGUACUGCAACUUAAAAUA